AUUGGGCGUGAUUCACUGCGUCACACGUUGUAUAUGGGAGCGGCGUACAAAAUGGACAGGUGGCUUGUUACUGCAUUAUUGGUCAUUGUCUGCCUGCAGCCAGGCGCGACGAUCCGGUGUUACCAGUGCUCCACGAGCGAGGAUGGCGAGGGCGAGGACAACUGCGGCGCGUACUCGGGCUUCGACGACACCAGAAACGUCGCCAUCGAGUGCAACAGCGAGGAGGCCAACACGCCCGGCACGUUCUGCGCCAAGAUCGUGACGCAGGGCCCGAUCGGCUUCAUUU